AUGGAGGAAUCGGAUGGACAGAACACCUUUCGCCUACGAUCCAUUUAUGAGGGCACGGGCGAUUGGCCGAAAGUCAACGACCCUAUCCGAGGUGCCGUACAACAGUCAUGGAGCACCAUCGGAUUCCCCAAAGACAGGAGGCUCACCCUGGAUGACUACGAAAAUCGCACCCACAUUGACAACGAUAACUUAGUCAUUCUGGAGCUGGCCAAGGAUAUUGUGGAUAUACAGCAGAAACCCGCCAACGAGAUCGCGGACGCCAGAGCCUUCAAGUCACACGAAGAACAUGAGCGGGUCAUCGAGACGUUCCGUCUUCACAACCGGAGUGUGGCCAAGAUCCGAAUCAGAGACUGCAAUGCCUUUGACGGUGGAGGCCCGUACAGCAAAUGCAAAAUUGCCAAAGCCAUCAAGGAAGCGAUGGACAAAGGUGCAGACUCGCCAGGCCCCCCGCCCAGUGUCGCUGUCGAACAGAUGGUAGCGACCCGUAUACUCCUCGCCAGAGGCGGUGAGAUCGAGGGUCGUACCAGCGAUUAUUGGCGAAAAGCAAUAGAUCUCGCACAGCAGGAGCUCUACCUGGACCCCGAGCUCCAAAACAAGACUCGCCAGGAGAUCAUUGAUGACAGCGGGGACGCUACUUUCAAGUUGAUGCUACGGGUGGUCAAAGAGUCGAUCAAAAUCCAAACCCCGAACCCGUACCAUCAAUCGCGACGGGACCAGUACGCGGUAGACCACGGAAUCUUCUACCACGUCAAAGAUACCGACAUUGUGAUGGUGCUGGACAAGGUAGAUAACGUCAUUGCUUUCCAAAUGCGGGACGCUUUCCGGACCUUGCUGCCCGGCGGCAUUGACAAGGCAGUCGCUAAGUCGUUCGAGACCUAUAGCACCUUUUACCUACUACAGAUAAAGACCGUUCGGACUGGUAUCACGGGUUCGCGGGGCUCGUACCGGUUGGGCAGUACGAAGGAGGCGACCUCGUUCUGA